AUCGCCGAGAUUCAUCUUCAAUCCAUCAUUCUUAACAUGUUUUCAUCAGCUAGACUGUUCCUACUAGGGACACUUCUAUCCUUAUCAGUUAAUGCAUUUGAACACUCUCCCCUAGAACUGCAGGUCCCAAUUCUGCGGAGUUUUAAACACAAGACCCAUGCAAACGUCCUAACAGACGUCUCAACAUCGUAUGCAGAGCACAAUAUCUCUGUCCCCGUGGACCAUUUCCACAAUGAAUCUCGAUAUGAGCCACACAGUGAUGACCACUUUGACCUUCGAUACUGGUUCGACGCCAGCCACUACCAAGAAGGAGGCCCGGUGAUCGUCAUUGCAGCUGGUGAAACCAACGCUGAGAACCGGUUCCCCUUCCUGUCGCAAGGGGUUGUCACUCAGUUGCUCGAAGAAUAUCAUGGGAUUGGAGUCAUCCUGGAGCAUCGCUACUACGGAAAUAGUUACCCGGUCGGUAAUCUGACGACGGAGAGCAUUCGCUUCCUCUCGACCGACCAGGCUCUGGCGGAUUAUGCGUAUUUUGCAUCAAAUGUGGUAUUCCCCGGUUUGGAACACUUGGAUCUCACAGCCAAAACUACGCCGUAUAUCGGGUAUGGCGGAUCCUAUGCCGGUGCAUUUGUGGCCUUUCUCCGGAAGCUCUAUCCAGAUGUUUACUGGGGAUCUGUUUCAUCAUCGGGUGUCACUGCCGCUGUCGAGGACUACUGGAAGUACUUUGAGCCCAUCAGGCAAUAUGGUCCAUCGGAGUGUAUCUCGACUAUCCAGACCUUUACUGAUAUUCUCGACAAAUUCCUCAUUGACCACAAAAACAAGACCGUCAAAUCGGAACUGAAAGCCGCUUUCGGGUUGAAGCCCAAGUGGGAUGAUGGAGAUGAUCGAUGGUUUGUGUCGAUCUACUCUAAUGGCCUGAGCGGAUACCAGGGUCGCAACUGGGACUCCCAAAUCAGUGACAGGACCUUUUCCGAAUAUUGUCAGAACAUCACCAGCACGGAACUGGUCUACCCCGAAUCGACCAAUGCAGAGGUUUGGAUCAAGAAGCUUCUCUUUGGUGCUGGGUACGAUUCGUCGAAUGCUACCCUCGUCACCAACAUGCUCAACUAUGUUGGCUAUUUCAAUGCGACCGUCUUCUCCCAAGGCCCAGAGGCCCUAGACGACGAGGAAGAUGCGAAUAGCUCCGAAAUCCAUGGAUCGCCAGCUCCCCUUUCUAAAUCCUCCUCGACCAGCUGGGAGUACCAGGUGUGUACGGAAUGGGGUUACUUUAUGACCGGCUCCUCUGUGCCUGCGGACAUACGCCCUUUGAUUUCCCGUUUGAUCGAUAUGAACUAUACAACCGAGAUAUGCCGGACGAAGUUCAACAUCACGACGUCCCCUGAUACGGACAUCAUCAACAAACACGGCGGAUUCAACUUCUCCUACCCCCGGGUGGCUAUCAUCGAUGGACUCGCCGAUCCUUGGCGUGAUGCAACCCCGCACGCGGAUGGAACAGCCCCGAGAGAGUCAACAGACGAUGAGCCUUUUAUCUUGGUUGACGUGCCGGCUGAAGAUGUGUGGGAUGGUAUUCGGGGAGCAGUGCAUCACUGGGAUCAGAAUGCGCUUUCGGAGAAGGAACUGGCAGAAGGGGUAACCGCGCCCAGGGUGAUUAUUGACCUCCAUCAGGAGAUUGUCCGGUUUGUCGGGGUGUGGUUGAAGCAGCGGAAGCAGACAUCGCAUCGUGUAUUGCAUGGGCCUUUGAGACAGCAUGUGUUGGCGUGAUACCAGUAUGUAAUACUGCAUAAGAGUUAUGCAGCUUAUACCUAGAGCAUGUGCAAUAUAACAUCCCUAUCGACGUCGGCUGGAUUAAUUAUCCCGAGGC